UUUGAACACAACACUAUGGCAAAAGCAGGCUCAUACAGUGUAAUAAGUGUCCAGUGGUUCGCUCGAGGUCUGUGGGCUAAUUCAGCAGCAGACAGGAGGAUUGUGCUUCUGGGUAAGACCGGAUCCGGCAAGAGCAGCCUGGCCAACACUAUACUUGGUGACAAAGUGUUUACUCCUGGUCACUCCUCCACAUCAAAAACAGUGCACUGUCAGUCUGAGACGAGAACAGUGCAAGGAAGAAAUGUCCAGCUGGUGGAUUCUCCUGGGCUUUUUGACACUGAUCCAAACAUCCCUGAUUUCAAAGAGGAAGUCCUGAAAUGCAUGAUUGAAUGUGCAGAAGGAAUCCACGCCUUUUUGCUGGUGCUCAAAGUGGAGAGAUUCACCAAACAUGAGCUGUCUGUGGCUGACGUUAUCUGCCAAAACUUCUCACCUGAGGCUCUGAACUACACCACACUGGUCUUCACUCUGGGUGACCAGCUACAGGAGGGGGUUACUAUAAAGGAAUGGGCCGAAGAUAAUGAAGCCCUGAGCACCCUGAUUCAGAAAUGUGGAGGUCGCUGUCAUGUGUUUGAUAAUAGAUACUGGAACAACAGCCAGGAUCCAUACAGGAACAACCAGCACCAGCUCAAAGAGCUGCUCAACACCAUCGACCAAACUGUGCAGAAGAACGGAGGGAGAUGCUACACCAAUGCAAACCUUGAAAAAGUCAAAGAAAAAAUAAACGAAGAAACACAAAUAAUCAAAGCAAAACCAGAGAAUGCCAAUUUGUCAUAUGUGGAGGUCCGAAAGAAGGCUGAAGAGAACACCUUUAAUUAUUUCUGGCCCAUUUUAUCAGCUGUGCACUCAGUGCUGCUUUGUGUGGCCUUUUUCAUUGGAAAGGCUCUGAGUCCAGAAAGUGAAAGUAAACUGUCAGUCCACUGGUGCUGCACAGAGAGAGCAAACACAGCGCCCUCGAGUAUCAAAGUUACCAUGGCAACCACAGCAGCAGACAGGAGGAUUGUGCUUCUGGGUAAGACCGGAUCCGGCAAGAGCAGCCUGGCCAACACUAUACUUGGUGACAAAGUGUUUACUCCUGGUCACUCCUCCACAUCAAAAACAAUGCACUGUCAGUCUGAGACGAGAACAGUGCAAGGAAGAAAUGUCCAGCUGGUGGAUUCUCCUGGGCUUUUUGACACUGAUCCAAACGUCCCUGAUUUCAAAGAGGAAGUCCUGAAAUGCAUGAUUGAAUGUGCAGAAGGAAUCCACGCCUUUUUGCUGGUGCUCAAAGUGGAGAGAUUCACCAAACAUGAGCUGUCUGUGGCUGACGUUAUCUGUCAAAACUUCUCACCUGAGGCUCUGAACUACACCACACUGGUCUUCACUCUAGGUGACCAGCUACAGGAGGGGAUUACUAUAAAGGAAUGGGCCGAAGAUAAUGAAGCCCUGACCACCCUGAUUCAGAAAUGUGGAGGUCGCUGUCAUGUGUUUGAUAAUAGAUACUGGAACAACAGCCAGGAUCCAUACAGGAACAACCAGCACCAGCUCAAAGAGCUGCUCAACACCAUUGACCAAACUGUGCAGAAGAACGGAGGGAGAUGCUACACCAAUGCAAACCUUGAAAAAGUCAAAGAAAAAAUAAAUGAAGAAACCCAAAUAAUCAAAGCAAAACCAGAGAAUGCCAAUUUGUCAAAUGUGGAGGUCCAAAAAAAGGCUAAAGAGAACACCUUUGAUUAUUUCUGGCCCUUUUUAUCAGUUGUGGGCUCAGUGCUGCUUGAUGUCGCCUUUUUCAUUGGAAAGGCACUUUUUAAACGAAACUAGGCUGUGAAGAGUCUCAAAUCAAGGCAAUCCCUGGCUCCCAUGGGCCCAACAGUAAUAAUCAUUCUAUUGUAAAGAUGAUGCCAUGUUUUCUCUCUGAUUUAAGCUUUUUAAUCUGCUUAUCCUUUUUCUACAUCGGUCCAGUUUGUAUGUUCUCGUUGCCUUGUUGAUCAGUCUGAUAAUAACCUUUGCUGGAAAUGAAUACAAAGAGAAUUUAAAGAAGGACUAAAAGUAGCUCUCAAAUCAAGGUACUGGAGGGUUUUGAUUUCUUGUACUGUUUUAUUCUUGAAUAAUAAAAAUAUUGUUGGAAUCUUA